CUCCUUAUAUUCAGAACCGUAAAAUGAAGAACAAAUAAAAAAUGAAGUGUUUUUUGCAUAAAGUGGGGUUUCAUGGGGUCAGCAGCACUGAAAACUAUGAGUUCACACGUGUAGAAAAAAACUCAUGAUUUUGGCAUUCUCUGAAGAUUUAUAUGAGAAUAACUUCAACACCAAACAGAUUUACCAUUGAUUAUUGAAGAAAUUCUCAACUCAGGCCCCCUGUUCUUAUGGAGGAAAAGGGUAUGGCAGAUUCUGAGGUUAUUUUCUCCGACGAAGACGUCAGCAGCUUUUACCCCAUGUUUUUCGGCGUUUCCUGUGCGUUUUUCGCUCUCAGACUUCUGCCGGCGCCGGAAAUAUGCCACGCCGGCGCCGGCGACAAUAAUUGGUCGGAGAUUAGGAACAGGAUGCUUAAAGGAAGUGCCCAUCUUCUGGGAUUGUUCAUUUACAGGGCCAAAACCGGCAAAAAAUCGAACAUUCUCCGAAAUCUCGAAAACGCCGAAAAUCAAAUUCAAGAUUUGAAGAAGCGAAGAAGUGAAGAGGCAAAGGCUAAUGAGAAAGUUAUGAGCAUAUUCGCCGCCAGAGAACAGAGCUGGUUUAAUGAUCGGAGAAAUCUUCGACAGCAAAUCGGCUCUCUUAUGAACGAGUUGAGAGUUUUGGAGGCGAAAAGGGACAAAUCGGUUUUCGAAUUGAACGAAAAAUUGCAGGAAAAGGACAGAUCGAUAAGCGAAAUUGAAGAAAAAUUGAAUAAAGCGGAAAAUCUAGCUCAACGCCAUUGUAGUGAGAUUUUGAAGCACAAGACGACGUUCAUCGAGCUCGUCUCGAACCAGCGCCAGCUGGAAGCGGAUAUGGGGCGGGCCCUACGUCAAGUUGAGUCCGCAAGACGAGAUCUUGAUUCGGUUUUGGAUCAAAAGGAGCAAUCUGUUUUGAUGGCUCAAAGACUUUCGAUGGAGCUUGUGAAAAUUCGGAAAGAUUCGGAGCAAAAAGAUCAGAUUUUGUCCGCUAUGCUACGGAAAUCGAAAUUAGAUACGAAUGAGAGACAAAUGCUCCUAAAUGAAGUCAAAUCUUCUUCCAAGGUCAAACACGAACGCGAACGCCAUUCGUUGCGAAAUAUGUUGUCGUAUAAGCACGUAAACGAAUCGCUAGAAGAUGUGGAGGAUUUGGAGAAUUGGGCGGAAAAGUACAAGAUUUCGAUGCAGCAAAGGCACAAUCUUGAAAUAGAGGCUUUUGCGGAGCAAAUGAGGAUAAAAGACGAAAAAUUAGAAGCUUCUAGAUGGCGUUUGUUGAGCAUGGAAUUGGAAUCGAAGAGGCUUCAAUCACAUAUCGAAGGUCUCGAUUGUGAUGUUUUGCAUCUAAGGCAGGAGAAUAUGAAGCUGGAAUCGUUACUAAUUGACCGCGAAUCGGAAUUGCAUUCGAUGAAAGAGCAGUUAGUAUUGCAGUUCAAUCCUCCAAAUUUACAGAAACUGAAUUUCAGCCCCUCUCCCGCCACAAACGAAAAUACAGUUUGGUCGAAGGUCAAAAUCGUCAAAACAAAACCGGAGGGGCAGAAAAGUCAAGAAAAGAACGAGGAAGUUUCUCAGUCGGAGAACAAUGAGAAGGAUAUAGUUUUGACGCUUGAAUAUCCUCAAUUCGUCGACUCGGAUAUUGUCUCGAAUGAAUCGAGCAAGAAAAAUAAUUCGGUAGCGAAGAUAGAUAUUCAUGCACUUGGUGUGUCGUAUAAGAUAAAGAGACUCAAGCAACAAUUCCUCAUGCUCGAAAGGCUCACUGGAAAAAAGCAAGAAAAUUCCGAAAUCAUCGAGAACAAGGGCAUAAACGGAAUUUACGAACUUAUAUCAACCCUCAACAAACAGGCCGAUAGGUAUCAGUCACUUCAAGCGAAAACCGACGACAUUUGCCAAAGAAUGAGUGAGAAGGAAUUGAAUUUGAACUGCGGAAGCUCGGGAAUCGCUAGAACAGAGGAGGAAACGAAGAGGCUGGAGAAUUAUCUCGACGAGACUUUUAAACUACAGAGAUAUAUAGUUGCGACGGGGCAGAAACUAAUGGAGGUACAAUCUAAGAUUGCGUUCGGAUUUGUUGCUUAUUCGGAAAACAUUGAAAAACCGGAUAAUUUCGAUAUGAAACGGUUUGCUGAUAGUAUAAGAACGAUGUUUCGAGAAGUUCAGAGGGGGCUAGAGGUACGAAUAUCUCGAAUUAUUGGUGAUCUUGAGGGUACUUUGGCAUUUGAUGGUAUCAUAAAUUUCAAGAAAAUUGUUUGGAAUUGAUAUUAGUUUUAAGAUUAGUGUUUUUUUUUUUU